AGGGAGGCGGGCUGGAAGGUUGGAGGCAGGAGCCCCACGUGCAAAAUCAGAGAAACGCCCCCCCCAUCUUCUUGACCCCGCCCACUUUCUUGGGGGCGGGGCGGGGUCAGGGCAUGGGGUGUGAAUGUGCAUUUGCACAACUUGCGGGUUGCAGCAAGUUGUGCAAAUGCAAGGCUUUUCAGGCUUGGCCCCCUUUCAGAGCGGUGGACUUCAACUCCCAGGAUUCCCCCGCCAGCAAAGAAUUGUGGGAAUUGAAGUCCACCCCUCUUUGAAACAAUGGCUAGGGAAUUAUGGGAGCUGAAGUCCACCCCUAUUAAAACUUUGUCGGUAGGGAAUUCUGGGAGUUGAAGUCUACCCCUCUUGAAACAUUGGCUAGGGAAUUAUGGGAGUUGAGGUCCACCCAUCUUAAAGCAAGCUGGCUAGGGAAUUAUGGGAGUUGAGGUCCACCCAUCUUAAAGCAAGCUGGCUGGGGAAUUAUGGGAGUUGAGGUCCACCCAUCUUAAAGCAAGCUGGCUGGGGAAUUAUGGGAGUUGAGGUCCACCCAUGUUAAAACAUUGGCUAGGGAAUUCUGGGAGUUGAAGUCCACCCCUUUUAAAACAUUGUUGGCUAGGGGAGUUCUGGGAGUUGAAGUCCACCCCUAUUAAAACAUUGUUAGCUGAGGAAUUUUGGGAGUUGGGACUCCACCCAUCAUCAAGUGGCCAAGCUUGGAAAAACACAGUACUAGUUUCUUCAGCUGGGUUCAAAGCAUCGUAUGAACAUGCCAAUUUUAUUUAUUUAUUUAUUUAUUUGAUUUCUAUACCGCCCUUCUCCCGAAGGACUCAGGGCGGUGUACAGGCAAAAAUAAAACAGACGGUACAAUAUCACACUGUAGGAAAAGAGGUAAUAGAUGGGGCAGGGACUGGUGGAGAAGAGGUGACAAUAAAAUACAGGUAGAUGGUUUAUCUCUACGUAUCUGUUGAUGGCUGUUUUGUCCAAGUACCAAAGAAGCAAGCUCAAAGAUCACCAAGGACUUCACUGUUCACCUCUGAGCUGCAAAUACUCUCCUCUAUUAAAGCCAUUAUCCUCCUCCAGGUUUGGAAGCUUAGAAACAAAACACGUUUUCAUCCUUUUGACUAUUGUAGGUUGAGAGGGGUGGUCCAGAAGACCUUGCAGAUCCUGUGUGGUGCUGGGAAACAGUUUAGAUGCAUCCAGAGCCAGGAACCUGGCCACAGCUUCCCAGCCAUGUCCUCGGGUGCCGGAGGACCAAAGCCCCUCAUUGCUGUCUGCCAGGUGACUUCGACGCCGGACCGAGAAAACAACUGGGCGGCUUGUUCACAGCUGGUCCGAGAGGCAACGCGGAGGGAUGCUUGCGUUGUCUUCCUCCCGGAAGCCUUUGAUUUCAUUGGAAGCUGCACGGAAGAGACCCUCAGCUUGGCGGAGCCCUUGGAGGGGGAUUAUCUUCAGCGCUAUGUCAGCCUGGCCAGGGAGUGUGGAGUGUGGCUGUCCCUUGGAGGUUUCCAUGAGAGGGGCAAAGACUGGGAAAGCACGCAGCGGAUAUACAACUGCCACCUUCUUGUGGAUCCCAAAGGAUGUGUUGUGGCCGCCUAUCGGAAGAUUCACCUGUUUGACGUGGAGCUGGAAGGGAGGGUCUCUUUGAAAGAAAGCGCCUUCACCAACCCCGGCUCAGAGAUGGUGCCACCUGUGCACACCCCGGCUGGAAAGGUGGGGCUGGCCAUCUGCUACGACCUCCGUUUCCCAGAAAUGUCCUUGGCUCUGGCUCAGGCGGGGGCCGAGAUCCUCACCUACCCGUCAGCCUUCACGGUGACCACCGGCGCUGCCCACUGGGAGGUCCUGCUGCGAGCCCGUGCCGUAGAGACCCAGUGCUACGUAGUGGCCGCGGCCCAGACGGGCCAGCACCACCCACGCCGCACCUCCUUCGGCCACAGCAUGGUGGUGGACCCCUGGGGCAGCAUCGUGGCCCAGUGCAAGGAGGGGCCCGGCCUUUGCUUUGCCGAAAUCGACCUGGCCUACCUGCACCGCCUCCGCCAGGAGAUGCCUGUCUUUGCUCACCGCCAGCCUCGCCUCUACGGCCGGGCAGCUGCUGAAUGGGGCUUUGCGUCCCCUUGAUGGGCUCAGCUGCCCCACAGAGGGCGCCUGGCUGCUGCAGCUGGACUCUGCAGGGUCCAGGGGCUCCUGGCCCUCCAGUAGCUGCUGUCCAAUGGAGCCGAGGGAAAAUGGGAAGGAGAGAGACAGAACGCAGGCGACUUCUGAGAUGGGGAGGGAGCCAUUUCGACACAAUCCCCCACCUGGGAGCAUCAGGUGUUUGGGGUUCAGACUGGCGUGGGGUCCAGUCGGUCACUUUUCCUCGAGAGGGCCUUCAUUCCUGAAAUAAAUUUGUUUUUCAACCACA